GUAAACCACGGCGGAGUGACAUGGACAUCAUUAGAGACCUGUACACCGAUGGGUUCCUGAUAUUCCUGGCCUUCCUCGGUGAGACCUCUGUCCUGCUGCAUGAGAGACCCGCUCAUGGUAUCCUCAGUAUUCCGUGUCUCGAGGCUGUUGCCGAGUACCAUCGGCGGGGUACGUGGCUUCUCUUGUCAGGACACCGUAGCGUAUCCGCUCAAACGACCCCCAGGGAGACGACGUACUGUUGACACCUCUCAUCUCGUGGUCACUGGAAGGUGUGCUGAACACGCGGCUCUACUACAAAGUCAAGGACCUCGAGGUGCAUCGCAAGCACUGGACGCCGUUUGCGCUAGGCGGCGACACUCAUACACGGCAACGAUCCGGGGUUCUCGAAGUUGUAGUGAGAGGGCAUGCGAUCCUACCGGGAAACCGUCCAAAGCAUCAAAUUUGUUCGAACACGGUAUUCGGGAACAUUGUAUUUGCGAUAUUCGACAGGCGCACCGUCUCCUAGGAGACUACGUAUUCGUCACGAGAAAUCCUGUUCACUACAACUCGUACAUAACCCACCAGACAAACCGUUUGUAAUGAGGAUCGAAAUCGUAGGGUGGUCGAUCAAGCGAGAACGCACAUA